UGCAAGUGGUGGCAAAAGGCCCUCACCCUACAUAGAGAGUUCAUUGCAGCUGAUCAAGAGAGAGAGAGAGAGAGAGAGAGAGAGAGAGUCGAUACGAGCGACGGUGAUGGUAGCGGCAAGAGAAGGUAAUACACGGAGGGGCCCGUGGAGUGAGCAGGAAGACCUCCAACUGGUACGAUUUGUGCGCUUGUUCGGUGAACGUCGUUGGGAUUACUUAGCAAAGGUUUCAGGCCUCAGUAGAUCAGGAAAGAGCUGUAGGCUCCGCUGGGUUAACUACCUCCACCCCAGCCUAAAGCGCGGUCCGAUGACACCCCAGGAGGAAGAGCUCGUGAUCGAACUCCACGACAAAUGGGGAAAUAGGUGGGCUCGAAUUGCUCAAAGCCUUCCGGGGCGGACCGAUAACGAGAUCAAGAACUACUGGAGGACCCGGAUGCGGAAGAAGGCGCAAGAGAGGAAGACGACGAGAACAUCGGUGUCAAACUCGUCGCCUUCGUCGUCCUCGAGCAAUGUUUCCUCCUCGAAUAGCGAAGAGAAUAUGGACAUCGGAGACAAGAAGAGUGAGACCGUCGAGCUCAAAAAGGAUGAGGGCUUCACAAUGGAUCAGAUUUGGAGCGAGAUUGGCGCAUUGGAUCAGAUGGACGAUGGGGCGAGCUUCGAGGGAUUGAAAGAAGGAUGUUGUAGUGAUUUGGGCCCAUCUUCUUUGCCUUCUCCUGUAUGUGAGUACUGGUCUGAAGCUCUGUGGAGGAUAGAUGAUGAAGAGUAUGAGAUGCUUCUCUCUCUUCCUGUGCACAGUUGAGAGAGAGAGAGAGAUCUUUAGAGAGAGAGAGGUGUGUUGUUCCUUAUGUAGAAUUAGUAUUAUGCAUGCCUUGUAACAGUGCACUGUAGUUGUGUAACAUGUCUAAGCAAUGAAACUAUUUUUCCUUGCUGACAGUA